CUGCGUAGUUUCCGGAGCGGAUCGCAACCCGGAGUCCGGAUCCGAUCCCGCUCUGCACAUUCCAAAGGCAGGUGGUGGCGAUGGCUGAAGAUGGGAACGAGGAGAUCAUGUUCAUCUGGUGUGAAGACUGCAGCCAGUACCACGACUCUGAAUGUCCCGAGCUGGGCCCAGUGGUCAUGGUCAAAGACUCCUUUGUGUUAAGCAGGGCAAGGUCGUCCCUUCCCUCCAACCUGGAGAUCAGACGCCUGGAAGAUGGAGCCGAGGGGGUGUUUGCUGUGACCCAGCUCGUCAAGCGCACGCAGUUUGGCCCAUUUGAGUCGAGGAGAGUCGCCAAAUGGGAGAAGGAGUCUGCGUUUCCAUUGAAGGUGUUCCAGAAGGACGGGCACCCCGUGUGCUUCGACACCUCCAAUGAGGACGACUGCAACUGGAUGAUGCUGGUGCGGCCGGCGGCGGAGCCCGGGCACCAGAACCUGACGGCCUUCCAGCACGGCAGCGACGUGUACUUCACCACCUCGCGUGACAUCCCCCCGGGCACCGAGCUGCGCGUGUGGUACGCGGCCUUCUACGCCAAGAGGAUGGACAAGCCCAUGCUGAGGCAGGCCUGCCCUGGGCUCCACGCUGCAGGCACCCCAGAGAGCAGCACGCCAGUGGAGGCGGAACCCAGCCGGUGGGUGUGCAAGGUGUGUUCGGCCGCCUUCCUUGAGCUGCAGCUGCUGAAUGAGCACCUGUUGGGCCAUUUGGAACAAUCCAAAAGCGUCCCCCCAGCCGGCCAGCAGGAUUCGGCUGCAGAGAAGGAAGCAGACGUGCCCCGGGGGGAGCCUCCCGCAGUUCCCAAGAGUGUCAGUGCCGCCAAAGAGCAGAAGAAAAAGCCUCGAAGGGGGAGAAAACCCAAAGCAUCCAAACCAGAGCAGCCUCUAGUUAUUGUUGAAGGCAAGGAGCCCGCAGAGCAAGUGGCAGAGAUCAUGACCGAGGUCGAGCCUGUGACUGUGUCGCCGGACGAGCGGAUCAUGGAGCUGGUUCUGGGGAAGCUGGCCACCACCCCCAGCGACACCAGCUCAGUGCCAAAGUUCCCCCACCAUCAGAGCAGCGGCAUCACCGUCAAGAGGAGCCUGGUCCUCUCGAGCCGCCACGGCAUCCGGCGGAAGCUGGUCCGGCAGCUGGGGGAGCACAGGCGGAUCUACCAGUGCAGCAUCUGCAGCAAGAUCUUCCAGAACAGCAGCAACCUGAGCAGGCACGUGCGCUCCCACGGCGACAAGCUGUUUAAAUGCGAGGAAUGUACCAAGCUGUUCAGCCGCAAGGAGAGUCUGAAGCAGCACGUCUCUUACAAGCACAGCAGGAACGAGGUCGACAGCGAGUACAGGUACCGGUGUGGCACCUGCGAGAAGACCUUCCGCAUCGAGAGCGCGCUGGAGUUUCACAACUGCCGGACAGAUGAUAAGACGUUCCAAUGUGAGAUGUGUUUCAGAUUCUUCUCCACCAACAGCAACCUUUCCAAGCACAAGAAGAAGCACGGGGACAAGAAGUUUGCCUGUGAGGUCUGCAGCAAAAUGUUCUACCGCAAGGACGUCAUGCUGGACCACCAGCGGAGGCACCUGGAAGGAGUGCGGCGGGUGAAGAGGGAAGACGUGGAGGCCGGCGGUGGCGAGAACCUGGUGCGCUACAGGAAGGAGCCGUCGGGAUGCCCGGUGUGCGGCAAGGUGUUCUCCUGCAGGAGCAACAUGAACAAGCACCUGCUGACGCACGGCGACAAGAAGUACACCUGUGAGAUCUGCGGGCGCAAGUUCUUCCGCGUGGACGUGCUCCGGGAUCACAUCCACGUCCACUUUAAGGACAUCGCGCUGAUGGAUGACCACCAGAGGGAGGAGUUUAUUGGCAAGAUCGGGAUCUCCUCGGAAGAGAAUGAUGACAAUUCCGACGAGAGUGCAGACUCGGAGCCUCACAAGUACAGCUGCAAAAGGUGUCAGCUCACCUUCGGCCGCGGGAAGGAGUACCUGAAGCACAUCAUGGAGGUGCACAAGGAGAAGGGCUAUGGCUGCAGCAUCUGCCACCGGCGCUUCGCCCUGAAGGCCACCUACCACGCCCACAUGGUCAUCCACCGCGAGAACCUGCCUGACCCCAACGUGCAGAAGUACAUCCACCCAUGCGAGAUCUGCGGGCGGAUCUUCAACAGCAUCGGGAACUUGGAGCGGCACAAACUCAUCCACACAGGUGUGAAAAGCCACGCCUGUGAGCAGUGUGGGAAGUCCUUUGCCAGGAAGGACAUGCUGAAGGAGCACAUGCGUGUGCAUGACAACAUCCGCGAGUACCUGUGCGCCGAGUGUGGGAAAGGCAUGAAGACCAAGCACGCGCUGCGCCACCACAUGAAGCUGCACAAGGGCAUCAAGGAGUACGAGUGCAGGGAGUGCCACCGCAAGUUCGCACAGAAGGUCAACAUGCUCAAGCACUACAAGCGGCACACGGGGAUUAAAGAUUUCAUGUGCGAACUGUGCGGAAAAACUUUCAGUGAGAGAAACACGAUGGAGACGCACAAGCUCAUCCACACGGUGGGCAAGCAGUGGACGUGCGCCGUGUGCGACAAGAAGUACGUCACCGAGUACAUGCUGCAGAAGCACGUGCAGCUCACCCACGACAAGGUGGAGGCCCAGAGCUGCCAGCUGUGCGGGACCAAGGUGUCCACCAGGGCCUCCAUGAGCAGGCACAUGCGGCGCAAGCACCCCGAGGUCCUGGCCGUGAGGAUCGACGACCUGGACCACCUCCCCGAGACCACCACCAUCGACGCCUCCUCCAUCGGUAUCGUCCAGCCUGAGCUGAGUCUAGAGCAGGAGGACCUGGCGGAAGGGAAGCACGUGAAAGCCGCCAGGAGGACUCACAAGCGGAAGCAGAAGCCAGGGGAGGAGGCCGGGGCCGCGGGGCCCGAGGAGGCCGCCUUCAGCGCGUUCUCGGAGAAGGAGGCCACGCUCUCGGGCGGCGUCGGGGACGAGACCGACUCUGCCGUGCAGAGCAUCCAGCAGGUGGUGGUGACGCUGGGUGACCCCAAUGUGACCACCCCGUCGAGCUCCGUCGGCCUGACCAACAUCACCGUGACCCCCAUCACCACCGCGGCCGGGACUCAGUUUACCAACCUCCAGCCGGUGGCCGUCGGGCACCUGACCACCCCGGAGCGCCAGCUGCAGCUGGACAACUCCAUCCUGACCGUGACCUUUGACACCGUCAGCGGCUCUGCCAUGCUGCACAACCGCCAGAACGACCUCCAGAUCCACCCCCAGCCGGAAGCCUCGAAUCCACAGUCGGUGGCCCACUUCAUCAACCUGACCACCCUGGUCAACUCCAUCACGCCCCUGGGGAGCCAGCUCGGCGAGCAGCACCCGCUCACCUGGCGGGCGGUGCCCCAGACAGACGUGCUGCCGCCCCCGGCCCCCGCCCCGCAGGCCGCCCAGCCCCCGGUGCCGGCCGAGCAGCAACCGCAGAUGUACAGCUACUGAGUCACCUGGCGGCGACCUGGGGGGGAGAACCACAGGCAGGUGGUCUGUUUUUGUUUUUAUUUGAGAUUUGUUUGCUGGAUACCAAACAAAAAACAAAACACCGUACGUUGCAGUAUCAGUAAGGUUGACUUAGCUUUUGCAGCAUUAUCUCCAAAUUCCCCAACAACCAUCACAGUCUGUCAGCUGAACUCAGAAGUGACCCCGAGCAGGUCCCCCUGAGGCCCCAUGCUCUGCCCGGCAAGGCCAGGCCCCCAGGCUUCCCUCCCAGGACGCGGAUGGACACAGGGUCUGGGAAAAGGAAACCCAGACAGGAGCAGCCGGGUGAGACCCGUAUGUCAUUAGGGAUGUAAGUGGCUCGUUUCAUUUUUCCCUUUAGGGCUCCGCUACUGUGUGAAAAUGUAGCCGGUUUUCUCCUGGCUCCUGGACGUUUUUUGCUAAUGAGCAGAUAGGAGUUCAAGUAAUGUUUACUCUCUUUGAAAUUUGAGUUGAGUCAAAUUCAUUCUGCACCUUUGGGCUGAAACCAUGUGGGAAGAUGCCCUGUGGGAGCGGACGCCCCUCCUCUGGCCUUCACGAGUUCCUCUCUGGCAAGGGGUCACGUGAGGUCGCCGACCAAGGCAUCUUAGUGAUAGAAUUCGUGAAUCGAUUUUCAGUAUGGCUCUUUCCUUUUUUUUUUUAAACUUUAUCUCGAGCAUACCUUGUGUGAUCGAGACUGCGGAGGCCACGUCGUUCUCUAUUUUCCUUUAACACACAGAAGUCGUUUGCACUGUGGGUCCACGUCCAGCUCUACACGGCUGCCCUGAUGCAGGGGCCGUGAGCCUCAUGCUGACCCUUCUGGAGGCUCCUUGGAGUUGUCUCAGGAUUCUCUGCCAUCCAAAUAUAUUUAUUAUGGCUGAGGCGCAGCCAGAAUCCCCUGCACUAGAGAACAGGGGAGAAAUUCAUGUCUUUUUUCUGUUUAAACUUUAAUUCCAAAGGUUGGUGUGUUU